AUGACGGCCGAUAUCAACUCAGGGCUAGUACUGAAGCGUACCAAGACCGGAUGCUUUACCUGUCGGAAGAGGAGGAAGAAGUGUGAUGAAGCCAGGCCAAAAUGCGGUGCGUGUUCGAGGAACGGUCUGCGAUGUUCAUGGCCCAAAUUCUCAGGGAAGUACGGGCAUUCCAGUAUUCUCGAUCAGGUUGAAGUUGCAAGUGUCUCAGAGAAAGGCAGCACGCAGGACCCUCAGAAUCGGCAUUGCACGAAGAGAGACUUCAACCCAUAUGAAGGCCUCGACAUGCCCACGGCUAGCAUAUCGCCUACCCUUGGAAACAUCAGUUCCGCAUCCAGACGAACGGCAUUGUCACCGCUACUGCUCCAAAGCUACUUGGAAAACACCUCACUACUUAUGGUGGCCAAGCCGGCCCACCUCAACGCAUUCUUGACGAUGCUCCUCCCUACAGCCUAUUUCGACGAGCUGAUGAUGGAUGCUCUCCUCGCCAUGAGCGGUCAGCAUCUAUGCGGAAUGCAUCGAUCUCAACCAGAAAUGCACCAGUCGACUUGGCAUCACUAUGGUAUGGCUCUGAGGGCUGUUCAUGGUCGAAUCCGUGAAGCGAAGAACCUCCCAGCAGCUGCACUUCUGGACUUGAUACUUGUUCUGCUACUUCUUUGCCACGCCGAGGCGUUCUCGGGGGAACAGCAUGGAACAAUGUACCACCACCUCCGCGCCUGCCGACAGCUGCUCCUACGACUUCUGGAACGUCCGGGAGAGAUUUUUCGCACGGGCACUCGGCGACUGAUGGGCCUUGCUCUGGAGAGCUAUUGCUUCCUGGCCGUCGUUGCGAACAUAACGCCAUAUGGACUUCUGGAGCUAAGAACGCUGCCCGUUGAGGAUCCAUUCCUACAAUCUGCUAAACAUCUCGAAUCGUACGAUACCUUUGGCAGCUUUUUUGCAUGCGGCUACAGUAUCUGUGCGGACAUACCUUCAAUUGCGAUGCUCGCAAGGCAGCGUCUGCUAGAGGACGACCUUCAUUCCGGUCACAUUUCCAGUGAAAGCAAGACCACCUACUACAGGAUUCUAAAGAAGCUCACACAUUGGCAAGUACCCAACCUUAGCUCAGAAAUGCUGCAGUGGUCGACAGCAUACAGAGCUACUGGAGAGAUCUGGAGACACGCAAUGCUGCUCUAUCUCAAGACCUCCAUGUGUGGAUCUACGAUCGGCAAUGCCGCACUUCUGGAUGAGAUACAGUACCACGUUGACAUGGUGUUGCAUUUUCUGGCCCGUAUCGGCUCCUCGCCCUACGGCACCAUCAUGAUGUGGCCAGGGUUGAUCGCUGGCUCUUGCAUGACCAGCAGUGAGCAGCAACAAGCUAUGCUCCAGAGAUUGCGACUCUCUCGCUUCCCGAAUUUACAUCUGGUCCAGGCUUCGAAUCUACUGGAACUUCUGUGGGCGGACACAGACGAACAAGCAUUUGGCCCAUACGGACUUUUCAUGACCAUGAAGAAGUCCAAUAUCAAUUUGAGUAUUGCCUGA